CUCCCACCGGCGCUCCCAUGGACGUGCACGCGACUCCCACGUCCUCCACUUCCCUCGCCAUCAGCUGGCGCGCUCCCCCAGCCUCCCUAAGUAAUGGCAAGUUACGGGGCUACAGCAUCGAGUUACGGCAGCAGGACCAGCGGGGCAGCGUUACGGCUGUUACACGGCCAGUUACUGGUUCGCUGGGUGGGGAGCAGUACACCGUGCAGGGACUCGAGCCCGGAGCGCUCUACGAAGUCGCGGUCCGGGCCUUCAACCGCGCGGGCAGCGGUCCGCUCUCAUCACCCAGGAUCAUACGGGCUACACUGCCUGCUC